AUGGUGAAAGAUUUUGCUUCUAAUAAAGACGUCACCGCUGUGACUAAGCCUUUUAAUACAUUAGAAGAAUUUGUGAAGAGAACAAAAGGAAAAUCUGUACAGAGUCAAAUCUUGAAAUAUGGACGAAUUACUGGAUCAAAAGCUCAUGAAGCAUCCCGUUGUAAUACAACCGAUGGAAUGUUGGUGGAGUUGCUAGUCGGUGGUCAAAAAUUACGAAACACAAAAGCUAUGGAACGAGGUAAACAAUUAGAAGCUAUGGCUUUACGAAGAGUUGAGCAGAAGUUGGAGAGAAAGUUUAAAAAAUGUGGAUUAUUCUUAUCCGAACAAUAUCCACAUCUUGGAGCUUCACCUGAUUCCAUUGAUGAGGAAUUUGUUGUUGAAAUUAAAUGUCCAACAUCUGACAAGAGUUUUCGUACAUAUAUUGAUACAAAUAAUCAUGAUAAAGUAUCAAUCAAAUAUAUAACUCAAAUGCAAAUGCAAAUGCUUUUUACAGGAAGAAAAAAAGCAUUGUUUAUUGUUGCGGACCCGAAAUUUGAAGAAAUAAAUAAUUUUAAGUCUAUUAUUAUUGAUUAUGACUCAGAAUUAAUAGAUAAAUUAUUAAUAGACUUGAAUCGAUUUUGGAAAAAAUUUUCACUUGAUGCCUAA